AGUACAACUUAAAUUAGACGGCAAACAUCCGCACAGUUACUGUAGCAUGAGAAACGACACAUGCUUCCUCGACGCUAUCUAGCACCGAAACGACUUUACUUCUUCUUCACUUCUGCAAUAUCUCGAACUUCGAUUCUCUCUUUUUCACUUUAUUUCCUCUCUGUUCAUUCUCUGAGACCAGAUUCAAGCUGAGCAUGAGCUUGGGAAGGCCGACAGUUGCUUGCCUCGAUGAAAAAAGAUGCAUUAGUUUAUCCAUCUGUUUUAAUCUUGCUAAUUACCCAAAAUAGAUGUCUGCUUUAGGGUUUGAUGUUAUAUGCCUUCUCCAAGAGAAAAAACACAUUAGAAUUUGUAUUCAUUAUUCCGUGAAGCUUGAGGCUGGGGAGUGUGCAUAGAUGGAUCGCAACUUGAGUGUAAUGGGUGAAGACCACUCCAUAUCACAAAACAAUAGAAUGAAGAAACCAGACAUCCACAAAAGUUACCCUAGUAGAGAUGUUAUGCCUGGGAGUGAGCUUUGGACAGAUGGGCUUAUUUGUGCCUUUGAAUUUGUCCGAGGCCAUGGUAGGAAAUCAGUGAAUUCUAAGUCUACCAUGAGCAGACAAAUACACAGUAUGCAAGCAAAUGGAAUAAGAGAGUCUUCUUCCCCAAGACUGGAUCGGAACAAAUUAUUGGAAUCCUCAUCCACUUGUGAGUCUAGGGGCAAUCAAGAUGCUGCUAGUCAAUACAAAGACAGCCAGAUUGAUCAAUCAGGACAGUAUCAUGCUGUGGAAAAAUUGGGGGAUAUUCAUUGGGUACCUAUUGGUUGGGCUAGAAUUUCAGAACUUGUUAAAAUGGUCCAAACGGAUGCAGGCUGGGCUAUGCAGCAACUAGAGCUGAUGGAUGAAGAAGAUGAUCUUACUGUUGCAGAGUUAGCAGCUCCUUACUGGGAGCGCCCAGCAGGGCCCACAUGGUGGUGCCAUGUUGCUGCAGGUCAUCCCUCUAUCCAGGCCUGGCUUAAUAGUGCUCAGUGGUUACAUCCUGCAAUUAGUUUAGCUUUGAGAGAUGAAAGUCGAUUGAUAAGCGAGCGGAUGAAAUACCUAUUUUAUGAGGUCCCAGUAAGGGUUGCUGGAGGACUGCUGUUUGAACUCUUGGGGCAAUCAGUUGGUGAUCCAUUUGUUGAAGAGGAUGACAUUCCUAUUGUUCUGCGCUCUUGGCAAGCGCAGAAUUUUCUAAUCACUGCACUGCACAUAAAAGGGACUGUGUCAAGAGUAAAUGUUUUGGGUAUCACUGAAGUUCAGGAGCUUCUUUCUGCUGGAGGCUAUAAUUCACCAAGAACAGUGCAUGAAGUCAUAGCACUACUAGUCUGCCGCCUUACUCGGUGGGAUGAUAGGAUAUUUCGCAAGUCCAUAUUUGGGGCAGCAGAUGAGAUCGAAUUGAAAUUUAUGAACAGGAGACACCAUGAAGAUAUGAAUCUUUUUAGUGUUAUCUUGAACCAAGAAAUCAAAAGGUUAUCAAGACAGGUUAUUAGAGUGAAAUGGUCACUCCAUGCAAGGGAGGAGAUUGUUUUUGAGCUGCUUCAUCAUUUGAGAGGAAAUGCAGCCAGAACUUUGUUAGAGGAAAUAAGGAAGAGCACAAGAGAAAUGAUGGAGGAGCAAGAAGCAGUUCGUGGUCGCUUGUUUACUAUUCAAGAUGUUAUGCAAAGCACAGUUCGGGCAUGGUUGCAGGAUAGAAGCCUGCGUGUAACCCAUAAUUUGGCUGUUUUUGGAGGCUGCGGCCUUGUUCUUUCUAUCAUUACUGGGUUGUUUGGAAUCAAUGUGGAUGGGAUCCCUGGAGCAAACAGUACACCAUAUGCAUUUGGUCUGUUUGCAGGCAUCUUGGUGUUCAUAGGUGUGGUGCUAAUUGCAGUUGGGUUGCUUUACCUUGGGUUGAAGCAACCCAUCACUGAAGAGAAGGUGGAAGUAAGGAGGAUGGAAUUGCAAGAACUAGUGAAGAUGUUUCAGCAUGAAGCAGAGACUCAUGCCCAGGUUCACAAAAGUGCAUACCGAAACAACUUGACCCCAACUUCUGGAGAUGACGUGGAUUAUCUUCUCAUCCAAUGAUGACUUGGAUUAAUAUGGUGAGUACAAAAAGAGUUGUGAAUGCAUCAACGGCGGGAGUAACCUUGGUGAAUUGGCGAUGAUCAAGUUCACUUGUAAGGAAUAUUUUUCUCCAAAACCAUAGAAAUCAUAAGAUGGAUGAAACAGAUGCCAAAUUGAAUCGAGUAUACAUGGUCAAUGUUAUUUGAGGUAAACAUGGUCUCGGCUGUCCUUACUCCUUAGGCUUUAAUGGUUGUCGUUAUAUCUAUAGUAAAUUUGAUAUAUUGGGAUGUAUUUUUACACAGGAUGAUAGAAAUUCCAUCUCAGAAUGAGCUUUGGUUCCAUUAGAUGAAGAAAUGGAGAGUUUACGCCACUCUCUAUUUCUUCCAUGCUUGCACACUAAAUUACCAAGUAUAUUCUUUUACUUGUAAGUGGAUUUAGGCUGAAAAAUCAAAGAUUAUCCAUCUGACUGUUUUUUGAUUGGGGAAAUUAUAAAGUUGGUAUUUUGUGAUCCUA